GCGUGGCACGACCUGAUACAGAUAUAGGUACGUGCUAGCUAGCUAGCUACAAGCGAGACACAUACGUACAUGUUUAUAAUAAAGGCAUAGACUACAGACAUAACCUACUUUGCUGCUUAACGCUUGUGAUCAAGAAGUGACCAAGCAAGUUGCCGUGCAACAUGAGGCUGUGCUCAAGAAGGAGAAAACUGUUGAGAAACCUAUUAAUCUUGGCUGUUCUAAGCUUCUCCAUGUGUCUGUUUAUCCUCUCAUAUUUUCAACAUACAAAUCUAGAAUUAGACAAACAAGUUAUGGCAUUGGCACUGAAGCCUAAUGGAUUUGUUAACAAAUUGUCUCAAAGAGAGAUUCUUAACUUCGACCAUGCUUGGGAACAAGACAAGAACAUGUCACAUGAAAUUCAGAAAGAAUUCUCCACUGUGUUGCUGCUGAGUGACGCUAUCGCACAGACGUCAGCCGUGCCCGUUACCGAUGACACCCUGUGUGUUGGCCCCUGGCCAAAUCAUCCGGAAUGUCAGAAUAAGAUGAACUGGAUGGAGGGCAACUGGAAGAAGGACCCAUGCUAUGCUGAACACGGGGUGAAUGAUACACCUUGUUCAUUUCAGGACUACCUAUCACUAGUGGAGCACUUUUGUCCACCCAGACCAGGGAAAAUAAUUAACCAUCCCACAUCAAAAAGGGCUACAGUAAACUCUGACCUAGCUCCAUUGCUGAACGAGCUCAAUCGCAACCCUAAGUUUGACUGGAUUAAACGACGCAUACAGAGCCUUUGGCCACAGUGGACGGAUGCCCUCAAGCAGUUGGAGAUGAUUAGGCCAUUCCAACACCGCGAGAAAAAGAUUCUGAUACACAUUGGAGCGUUGUCAGAUAAAUCAAAGUUCCAUCUAGCCGAAACAGCUGACCAUGGCGGACCUUUGGGGGAGCUGGUACAAUGGAGUGACUUAAUUUCGAUCAUUCACCUUCUAGGGCAUCAAAUAGUUUUUAGUACGGAACCCAAUGCACUGAAGCAUAUCCUUCCCGGUCCUUCUAACAGCAUAACUGGGGGUUGUCCAACAGGGAGAGAGAAGGAUUUCAGUGCCAUCUUCACGGAUAUUGUAGGAUUCAAGCAGUUCAAGUCGGCGAUGAAGAGUCAGCUUCAACACUACCUGUGUCUGUUUAGAGUUUUGGACUCCUUUGGUACUGAGCCUCAAUUUAACUACAAACCUUGGAAGUCAAACAAUAAAUACAAGAAACAAAGUUGGGGCAAUUUGGGACUCAACCCUCGACAAUUCAUGACAAUGUAUCCUCAUACUCCUGAUAACUCAUUUCUCGGUUUUGUUGUUGGUAGCAACCGCACUAAUUCGCUCCCCCCUCCCGAGAAGAAAAACAUCGGACUGGUGUACGGUAAAGAGCUAUACAUGUGGAAGGGUCACCAUAACUACCUGGACACAGUGAGCAAGUACAUCGACAUCCACUCUACCAUUGGUACCACCACUCAAAAAGAUCAAAAUUAUGACAUAUCCACAGUGGUUCCAGGAUUUGUCAGCAACCACGGCAUUCUUAACCGCACAGCUCUCAUUAAAUUGCUUAAGGAAUCGAAACUAUUUAUUGGUUUCGGGUUCCCUUACGAAGGACCUGCCCCACUCGAAGCUAUUGCCAAUGGCUGCUUUUUCCUAAACCCCCGAUUUGACAAACCGCUUAACAGAGAAAAUACAAAGUUUUUUAAGGAUAAACCAACAUUGCGUGGCCUCACAUCACAGAAUCCUUACACUGAGCACUUUAUUGGGAAGCCGUACGUGUACACUGUGGAUAUUCUGAACUUAAAGGAAGUGAACAAAGCACUGCAAGACAUGCUCUCUAAGGAGCCCCUUCCUCCCUACAUCCCAUAUGAGUACACGUAUGAGGGCAUGCUUGAGCGUGUUUCGGUGUACCUGGAGUACCAGGAUCACUGUUCCCACGUCCAGUGGCCCCCUCCCUCAGCCCUUGUGGCCAAAGUCUCCAGGCAGGGAGAGAGUUGCAAAGAGGCCUGCUAUAGAGAAGGUUUGGUGUGUGAACCAGAGCUGUUCCCACUCCUUAACACGGAAGAGGCUUUGAAAAACCAUGAUCUGAAGUGCUCCACUGUGUCUACUGAGAACAGUAUCCAUGGUCCCUCCAUAGACUCCUCGGGACGUUGCAGCCUGCAGGAACAGAGAUUAUUACUGAGCUGUGUUGGGGAAUAUCACACUGUGAAACGACUGUGCCCUUGUCGAACUUUUAGAAAAGGACAAGUAGCUUUGUGUUCAGAGUAUGUACGAUAGCUAUCGAUCAUCAUUACUUUUUUUUUUCUGCAUCACUUGUGUACGAUAGCUAUCGAUCAUCAUUACUUAUUUCCUUCUGCAUCACUUGUGAUUUUAAUGCUCAUCAUGCACCUUAUCUUGUGAGGAAAAUCCCACAACACCAAGGGUUCUAAGAUCUACACUAAAGUGGGUGGUGCCAUCA